AUGGAUGAACACCUAUUAACGAACGAUGCUUAUCUCAUAUAUGUCGUUAUUGGAUUUAUCGUGAUCAUUUCUAUAUUUGGUCUAAUUGUUAUAUUAAUUACUACAUUUUGCUGUUGUUGCUGUCACUCGUGUUGUUGUGGUGAGGAAAGACGUUCAUCGUAUAAACUUAGUCAACAAAAAAUGAAUAAAACUGAUAAUAAACGAUCGAAAACAACAUUUGUUCGAGUUCAUCGACAUUCGAGUGAUGUUGACUUUUCACAAUUGUACGAUUCAUGUCCACAUCUAAUCAAUGCAAAAGCAUCCCAUAUGAAUACGAGUUGUACGACAAUCGAUACUGUUGUUUAUCCUACAUCCCCAUGUAGCUCAUUUCGAUCAUUUGCCAAUUCAAAUGUAAACUUGAACACUAAUUGUACAACAGAAAAAAUUCAUAAAACAAUCAAAUCAUCAACAACUUCUACAGUUACAUUAGAUAUGACUCAAUCCGAAAAUAAAAUCACAAAUACUUUGAGUGAGCCAGCAGACGAGCCAACAUCUUCAUGUCCCGAUACGUGUACAGCAAGUUCAAGUGUUACACUGGAAACAAACUCUAAUCAAACUCAACUAGUCCCUUCUCCCUUAGGAACCACUGAAGAUUGUACCGCAACCGAUGAAAUAACAACGCCAAUUUCAGAAACGACGAACAACACUUUACCGACAUGUUCUGAAAAUAAUCAAGCCGUUGAUUUUACUCAACAUCGACAGCUGAAUCGACCAUUUUCCUAUAUAAAAAACACCGAUCAAUCUUCCAUUUUCUAUCAUUUUGCUCAGCCACAACCUAAACACCAACAAAUAUAUUUUACAUCUGAUAAGCUCAAAUCUAGUCAUAAUGAUCAACAAUGUAAUCAAGUAAAAUUAAAGACCAAAAAUUUCGAAGAAACGACGAACAAUAUUUAUGAAACUGUCGGUGAGAGUACAAUAUUAAAAAGACACCAUCAUCCGCUAUGUCUUAGUGGGCAGCAACAACCACAACCAAUCUACGAAACAGAUUGGACACAAAAUUUACGUCAAUUAAUGCGUACAAUGAAACAUCCUCAACAGCAUCGAACAAAUGUAUCGAUUAUUGAAUUGCCUUAUGAACAUUAUACACAUAUGAUGAAUCAGUCAAAUCUCUAUGAUAUGAGACCAUCAUCUUCACAUUAUUCCGUUCAUAAACCAUAUAACUUUCUCGCCAAUCAUACAUCAUCGGAGUCCUUGAGACGCACAAACAUAUUGAAACGUUUACGAGAUGACUCGGCUUUUUUAUACUAA